CCCCAGGCUGAGUGAGGGAUCAGUUUGUUGUCUGCGGCCGGGAGGGACCUGGUCUACAAGGCUUCAUUGCGGAGCCUGAAAACCAGCAAAGAACUUCAGAGAGGAGACAAAUAGAGACCUGCAUACAGAUGAGGAAAGUGUGGAAGAGAAACCAUUCCCUUUUCAUUAUCUAAUAUAUAUAUUUGGAGUCUCAAAGUAGAGAGAUGAUAGAGGAAUGAAUGAUAGUAGAGGGAUAGAUUGAUAUGGUGAUAGUUGAGUGAUAGAUUGGUGGAGAAGUGAUGUAGGGAUUGAAUAACAGAGAAGUGAUUGUGGAGUGAUCCAGUGAUAGUAGCGUGAUUUUGUGAUAUAGGAGUGAUUUUGUGAUAUAGUGAUAGUUGAUUGAUGGAGGGAUAGUAGAGUGACACAUUGAUUGUAGAGCAAUUGGAGAAUGAUGUAGUGAAAAUAGAGCGAUUCAGUGAUAGUAGAGGGAUAUAGCAGUGAUAUAGUGUAAGGAGAGAGGGGUUAUAUGGGGAUACAGUGAGAUAGUAUAUUAGUGAUAGUAAAGGGAGAAAGUGGUAGUACAGUGAAAUAGUGCUAGUAGAUUGAUAGAUUGAUAGUGGCAUAUAGUGACAGUAGCGAUAGAGAGAUGGUGGAGUGAUUUUGGAUAGUAGAGUGAUAGAUAAGUGAGAUAGUGAUAGUUAUAGUAUAGUGAUAGAGGAGUGAGAUUAUAUUAGCGAUGAGUUGUGAGGAGGGGGUCGAGGUGGGAAGGUAUUUCCCAAAGCCACAUGUCUUCAGCAACAACAACAACAAACUUUCACCACACAAAGUGGGUCUGGACACCUCCCACUCCCAGUGCUGUCAACCUUUCUGCUGUGACUCCUCCUGUCAGACCAGGGGAAGGGAGGAGCAGUGGGCACCGGGGGGGCCUGGGGAGGGGAGAGGAAGGGUGGAGCUGGGAGGAGGUGGGCAGGGGAGACUAGGGGAGGAGCAGGCCCCAGGAGGCCCAGGGGAGAGGAGAAGAGAGGAGACGGAAGGAGGUGCAGGAGACUAUUUGGAUCUCCACUCCAGCUGCUCUUCCUCCUGCCGUCCAGAGGAGGAGGAGGAGGAGGAGGGCUACAGCGACUGGUCCGAGGAGGAUCUUUCUCUUCAUUUCUCCGCCUCCAUCAUCCUCCCCUCUGAUGAGGAGUCAGACAGAGAGACGGGGGAGACACAGAACAAAGAGAAGGAGGGGCCUCAGGCCAAGGGUGGGGUUGAUGUGUCAGCCAAUCAGUUGCUCAGUCAGUCAAAGUGUCAUCGCCCAGCAACGUUUCUCCGGCAACACAGCAUGCCUGCAUACUACCAGCGGAGAUUUGCAACCAGCGACGAGGAGGGGCCCAGGGGCUACCGGGGCCUGGUGACUGCAGGCAGGCCAGAACUCCUAGGACCAGGUAGGAACAGUAAACCAAGGCUCCAGAAGUCAUUUUCUUUGGACGAAACAAAAACCAAGUUGGCGUCCUGCAUAAUCAAGGAGGUUUUGUCCAAGAAAAUGCAAGGAGAAAGAGGACCAGCCAAGUAUGCCAGUAAUCUGAUCCCAAACCACCCUAACUGCCAAACCCCAGGCAACCAACCAAAGUUUAGGCAUGGAGUAGGAGGUACAAGCCUGGUUCAGGGUGGACCAGUCCAUAUUGUGAGGGAUAUCAAGAGUCAGGUUCAAACAACGGGCCGCCUCUCCUUCACCAACACUUCCUCCGCUGCAACCACGACACACCACCGCGCUACUGGCUGGAGCCAUGUGACAUACAAGGUGAUUGGCGCAGAGGAUAGCCCCCCCCCAAGCUACCAGCAGGCUGUGGGGGUCAAGGACACCAAGGAGGCCACAAAGAGUCAUCCAUUGACUUCCCAAAGUCACGCUACCGUGGCAACAGCUCUUCCCCAAUCACUGGAGAGACUUGAGGGCAGCAGGUUCCCUAACUGCAGCACUCCAAUCAGAAAACAAGCAGCAGCCAAUCAGACGUGUCAGCUGGGGCCUAUCACUGAGGGGGGGGGGCAGCGUUCCGGGAGGGUCAGGGGUUCGAUUCCCCAGCAGGGAUCAGCUGGGGAAUCUGGAAAAAUUGGUCGGCCUCCACUCCCUGUUUACAACUACACCCCCAUCCUCGGGACAGGGUACGCCCAACCUACGGGCCUCCCCGACACCCCCACUGUGGUCUCCUCUUCCUCUACCCAGCAGAAGGCUAGAGGAGGAAAGGAUCCUCCCGUUCAUACAGACGAUUACAAGGGCUUUAUCAGCACCUCCACCCAGAACACCUCCACCCAUAAGACCUCCACUCAGAACACCUCCACCCAGAACAUCUCCAACAAGUACACUUCAAUUCAGAACACCUCCACCCAGAACAUCUCCAACAAGUACACUUCAAUUCAGAACACCUCCAACCAGAACAUCUCCAACAAGUACACCUCAAUUCAGAACACCUUCAACCGGAAAACCUCCACCCAGAACACCUCCCCCCAGAAUACCUCCACCCAAAGCAUCUCCAACCACCAUGCCACCCACAAACUGGAUCAAACACAACUACACCACCAACAACUACAACAGCAUCAGCUGCUUCAGCAGCAGCAGUUCAUGUUUGCCCUGCAGGGGUUCUGGCCUGGAGGAGGUCUGGUUGGGUUGACGAAUGCAGGGCCUGUAUCCACAAUGCCGCCCACCCAACGCCAGGUCAAAACCCUGUUUGAUCCAGAAACAGGUCAAUAUGUGGAAGUCCUCCUCCCAUUGGCUAACUAUGCCACCGGGAUGAUACCUGUAGGCCCCUCCACCAGUAUGAUACCCGUAGGCCCCUCCGCCAGUAUGAUACCUGUAGGCUACGGCCCCAUUCAGUACGGCUCAGCCCAUAUGCAGGUUGGCUCCGCCCAUAGUAUGAUACCUGUCAGCUCUGCCCCCCUACAUGUAGGCUCCGCCCCCAGUUUGAUACCUGUAGGCUGUAGAGUGAUGUCGUACCAUCCCAUGCCUGUACUCGCCUCAUACUACCCCCCCUUUACUUUACACACACACCCUGGCCCGUAACACACAAACACACCCUGCCCUGUAACACAAACACACCCUGCCCCGUAACACACACAGACAUCCUCCCCUGUAACUCACACCCACACACACAGACUUUGCCCAUUACACACACACCAUACAGUUCCUUUAAUAGACACAUACCUUGUCCUGUAACAUAUACGCACAUAGACUGCCCCGUGAAACACACUCACGCACACCCC